UUGAUGAGAAGUUAAGUGCCAGCUACCAGAGGCCAGAAGAGAUCAAAGAUCAACCUCACAAAUUUGAGCAUUGCAAAUUUACAUACUCUUAUGGAUGAGAAAUGGAAGCUGCAGAAGAAGCACCAAGAAGGCACUUCGUCUUCUUCUUCUUCUUCUUCCAAGUUUGCAUUCACAAGGAGUUCAUCAACAAGAAGCCAGUCUUCAAAUGCUCCUCUUCUGAUGAGGACCUAUUCACAGAAGAGCAAUGCCUCUAAUUCCAAGUGUCCACUUCCCAGAAGUACGUCACAGAAAAGCUCUAAAAUCAGCAGAAAGUGUAGCAGCCUUGCCAAGGAACAGAAGGCUAGAUUCUACAUCAUGAGAAGAUGUGUUGCUAUGCUUGUUUGUUGGCAUAAGCAUGGUGAUUAAUUAUAAUCUUGAUGGGAUUUCCCAAAUUAAUCCAUUAUUGUGUUAGUGCUAGAAAUUAAGCUAUCUCCCCUCUUU